CAACACAAUAAUCUGGACGCUCAAGAAGUUAAGAAGCGCAGGCCAUUCAAGAAGUACUUUUACCGUGGAGUCGAUCUUGACCAGUUGCUUGAUAUGGAUAUGGAGCAAAUAGGAGAAUUGAUGCCUGCUCGCAUCAGAAGGCGCAUAAAGCGCGGUUUGCGGAGGAAACACACCGCGCUUCUUAAAAGACUGCGACGCAGCAAGAAGGAAUGUCCCUUUGGAGAGAAGCCGAAGGCCGUUAAGACUCAUCUGCGGAAUAUGAUCAUUCUCCCCGAAAUGAUCGGAUCAGUCGUUGGAGUCUACAACGGGAAGACGUUCAAUUCAGUGGAAAUCAGACCUGAGAUGUUGGGUCAUUAUUUGGGUGAAUUUUCCAUCACAUACAAGCCUGUCAAACAUGGGAAGCCCGGUGUUGGUGCCACCCACAGCUCGCGCUUCAUCCCACUGAAGUAA